GCCGUGUGAGUGUGGAAGCGUUCAAUUUCCUCGCUUCACUUAUCCCUAUUUUCCUGUCCCGUCUUUCGCAGCCACAACCCUCUCUCUCUCUCUCUCUCUCUCUCUCGCUCCCCCUCUAUCAUUAUCGCUCGAGCUCGUGUGUGACUGUGAAGAUCACUUUGCAUCUUUAGACGAGAUGGCUGGAACCGGUGUUGUCACGGUCUACGGCAAUGGAGCCCUCACCGAGGCCAAGACGUCCCCCUUCUCCGUCAAGGUUGGACUCGCUCAGAUGCUCCGUGGUGGCGUCAUUAUGGACGUUGUCAACGCCGAACAGGCUAGGAUCGCCGAGGAGGCUGGCGCCUGCGCUGUCAUGGCUCUCGAGCGCGUCCCUGCCGACAUACGUGCCCAGGGCGGUGUCGCUCGGAUGAGCGACCCCGGCCUUAUCAAGGAAAUCAAGCAAGCCGUCACCAUUCCCGUCAUGGCCAAGGCUCGGAUCGGGCACUUCGUCGAAGCUCAGAUCCUUGAGGCAAUCGGUGUCGAUUAUGUUGACGAGAGCGAAGUCCUCACUGUCGCUGACGACGAGAACCACAUCAACAAGCACAACUUCAGGAUUCCAUUUGUCUGCGGCUGCCGCAACCUCGGCGAGGCUCUGCGGAGGAUUCGCGAAGGUGCGGCCAUGAUUCGGACCAAGGGUGAAGCUGGCACUGGUAACAUUAUUGAGGCCGUCAGGCAUGUGCGUUCGGUGAUGGGUGAUAUUAGGGUUCUUCGCAACAUGGACGACGAUGAGGUCUUCGCCUUUGCUAAGAAGAUUUCUGCGCCGUAUGAUUUGGUCAUGCAGACUAAACAGCUGGGCAGGCUCCCCGUUGUUCACUUCGCCGCCGGUGGUGUGGCUACUCCGGCCGAUGCUGCGCUGAUGAUGCAAUUGGGCUGCGAUGGUGUAUUCGUCGGCUCCGGUGUGUUCAAGAGUGGUGACCCGGCUCGCCGCGCUCGGGCGAUUGUUCAGGCCGUGACUCAUUACAGUGACCCGGAGAUUCUUGCCGAGGUGAGCUGCGGACUGGGUGAGGCCAUGGUCGGGCUUAAUCUUAAGGACGACAAAGUCGAGAGGUACGCGAACCGAUCAGAGUAGGCUUGUCCGUGUUGAUAAUUGGUGGUGAUGAGGAACCAGAGAGGCAAAUGGGUUCGUGUUGAAUUGAAUUGCUUGGAGGUGAGCUCUGGAUGUAGCUCAUCAAUAUAUUGGUUUUUUAACUUCAUCUAUUGUCUUUGAUAGCACUAGAAACUUCUGGUGGGAAUCCCUGGAAUUACUUGAUUCCCUCUUCACAUACAGUAGUGAGGUUAUAAGAUUGAUUUCUUCUAUGUUACUGAAGAAACUACUUUGUCCUUCUUAUGAAUUAAUUUUAAUCUGAUUCAGGUAUUCAUUUCUGAUGAUUUUAUGGUAGAA